AUGAAAGCAUCAUUGUUAGUGUGUCUCACCCUGACGACGUUCUUCAUUCUGAACGUCUCCGGCAGCAAUAGCAGCUCCACCGAGGAAGGGUUCGACUAUCCAGUUGGUAUUGUCAUGACCCGUUCUAAAACUAAGUCUCGCAGUUCCCAAGCCUGCCGUCGAAGUGUCCAGAAGAAUUGCUCCUCCUCCGCGAAGACCUGCGGUCGCCUGGGAAGGGCCAACAUUUGCCAGGCUUUCAAGAACGACUGUCAACGCCAACUGAGCAACUGUGGCUCCAGAAAGUUCUAUCGCAAGGUUGACCUGGUCUUCUGUCGAGGCUUGCCCAUCGAUGUCGUGCGACCCUGCGGAAGUGGGCAAUCCUAG